GUCAAUUCUUUCUUUUGGCCUCCAAUCGCUGUGGAUGUCCUUCGCUACAGAUGUUGUGCGCUCCCUGCGCAGUGUUAUGCGCAGUGUUAUCACGAUACCGACAAAAGGCCUUUAGCACCGCAUUAUUUUUUAAGAAGCAAAGGUGCUCACCUGGGACUCGAGAUUAUUGGAUAGGAAACAAUAUGAUGCUUUUUUUUUGCGUUAUAUGUUUCUUGUGUUGAAAUAAGGGCCUCUCCUCAUCCGUCGGGAAAAUAGCUGAGAGGGAUGCCAUUUAACUGUGUAAACAUAAUGGCUUUGGCUCAGCAUCAUCGACUCAUUACGUAUAUGCUGCUGUUCUGUAAAGGGACUAGCAUUCAAACCCGGUUCUCUCAAACAGACUUGAAAUCUAAAAUAUCUGGGGUGGAGGAGCUCUUAGAGGAAUUCCGCAAGCAGCUCCAACAGGAACAGACGUAUACCAGGGAGGAGGAAGAGGUGGUUGACGUCUGUCUGGCUGAUUUCAACGCCGUAGAGGAGCACAUAAUCCGAGCGACUGCCUCCAUUGAGCAGGGAGCCAUCUUCCUCUCGGCUCCUGACCGGGUGUACAGUUGGAAAGACUGUCUCCAUGCCUGCUGUGCAGACCCUCACUGCACGGUGGCGGUGGUCCAGGAGGACCUGAGACAAUCGGACGACAGCCUCAGCUGCUAUUUGUUCAGCUGCACCCAUAGAAAUAAAAACGUUUGUUCAUUCGCAGCACAGGCAGGGUUUAGCACCUACAGUCGGGCUCACAAUACAACAGGACACCUCAUCUCCUCCAGUGGCAAUGAAGAUGUGAACAAAUUGGUCAAUUUGAUUAGGAGACCUGAGGAAAACCCUAGAGUUGAUGAUGACACUCAAAUGCCAGACAUGGACGAGCCGCCCCGCAGUGAUCCCGGCCAGGAUGUAGUUAUCCAGCUGCCCACUGACUGUGCGGUACUGGACGGCCGGGACAGUGUGGACGACCAUGGGGUCACCCGCUAUGAAUGGGCCCUGGUGAAGGGUGACCCAGCCAUCAACAUGAAGGUGACCCAGCCAGGGUUACUGAAAAUCAGUAGUCUACAGGAGGGUUCCUUUACCUUCCAGAUGACUGUCACAGACACCGAGGGACAGAAGAGCUCAGACAAUGUCACUGUGACAGUGCUGGCUCCAGAACACCAAGCUGAAGUUGAUGGGAAGAGGAAGUCAGUGACCCACCCUGCAGGUCUACCCAGCCCACACAGGCCUGUGGCCCAGCCAGAGGAGACUGAGGACCACUCCAUGGCCCAGGGUGGACCCAGGAAGACCAUGGAGGAGGCCAGACCAACUCCACCACAAGCCCCACAGACUCCACAGUCUGGUGACUGGAGCAAGGCAGUGCCCCGAGUCCUACCACAGCCAAGUCACAGUGAACAGGAGAGCCCUGUCCGUCAAGCAGAGCCCUGUGCAGCGCCCCCUGCUGUGGGGCCAUGUAAAGGCAUCUUCCCACGCUGGUUCUAUGACCCUGUGGCUGAAGAGUGCAAGCACUUCAUCUACGGAGGCUGCAAGGGCAACCAUAACAACUUCCUGCAGGUGGCAGACUGCGUCAAUGAAUGUAUAAAAAAAACAGGUCCCGCUAACAAACAAACGACAUUGGCACCUCCCCCCAACACCAAACACACAGAGACAGUCUUACCCAGUACAUUUCCUGCAGAGGCUCCUAAAGUGACCAUGAAGUGGCCAGAGAUCAAACCACUACCAGAGCGUGACAUGUUCCCAAAAUCCAAACCACAUUCAGUAAUGGGAGGACACCCAGGGCCUGAGUCAGGUGCUAUACUGCCAUUGGCUCUAGGCCUGAUCAUCACAGCUUUGCUGCUGCUCAUGAUUGGCUGUCGCCUGUGGUUGGUCCGGCACAAGCUGAAGAAGGCCCGCCCCCUCACCACUGAGGAGUCUGAUUACCUCAUCAACGGCAUGUACCUGUAGCAGCACAGACAGGGAUGAAUGCUCCACAGAACUAGAAUGAGAGGUCCCAAGUCCCUUCAAUUCAUUCAAUUUAUAUGGGAAGCACCCUCCGCACAGAAUCCCCUCAGGCAGAAACCCCAACACUGUCAGUCAACUGUUGGUCAGGUGGAGUCUUCAUGAUUACCGAACAAACUUUCUACAUCACGAUUGUGUACAACUUCUUCAGGUGUACUCGAUUUAGAUAACUCGACGUGCGAGGUAGGCGGAGAUCACUCUUUGGAAUGGUCCCAUUGGAAUAGUCCCAAAAGUGCAAACUCUACCCACACAGCACUCCAGGGUCACAGGUGAGCUAAAUCAAACAGCUUUUAACAGAAAAUAAAUGUUUUUGUACAAGUGAGUGUACAAAAGUGGCAAACUGAUGCUUGUCUGCACUUAGGUUUGGAAAGAGAUGCUUUCCUUUUUCUUUCAUGAUUUCUCUUUCACCCUCAAAGAUAUGUUAUUUUAAUAUUACAACGAAAUGUCAACGUCAUGGAUGUAUAUUUUCGUGGAGAUAUAUAGUACUUUAUCUAUUAUGUAAUACUUCUGCCACUGAGUGGCACUGUUGUGCUAUUUGUGCCAUGAUGCUGUAUAUCUAUUAGGCUUGGCCUAGAAUUAAAAAUUUUACCAGACUACUUUGAAAUAUGGGGAUAGCAAGAUAUGUCAUUUAUUGUCAAUUCCAAAAUUACAAUCAUUACUGAAAAUUGUUAUAACACCAAGUAAUUCCAGGAAAGCCCAUUUAAAGCAUUCUAGGAUGUCUGAUAUGGUAUGUUGCUUUUCUUUAUCAUCUAUGUAGUUUCAAUGUUGAUGUGUAGAUGUAUUUCAAAAGUCUGUAUGCAUACAGUUUGUGUGAGAUAGUAAAGUUAACUCUUGAUCAA